AAACCUCACAAAAUUAAAGGCAAACAUCAUCAAGGAUAAGUAAGUAGCUAGAGAAAUGUCGCUGAGACGAGUUUGUGAGAUGCAGUAUAAGCUUUCCGUCCCACAAGAACGAUUCUGGGACCGUUUUGUCGACAAUUCGACUCGCUUGUCUAAUAGAAAACUUACAGACAUUCACCCAUCUGCUCACUGGACUCAAAUGGAAAUUGAGUCAGUAGAUCACCAGACGAAAACCAUGAAGCAACGGUUCGUCAAACCUGAAUUCGUUGAUGAAGGCUAUAAGUUGAUUGCAACAACUACAAAAGUUAUUGACGGCGAGCCCAGCGGCUUGAAUUGCCUCAUAGACAUCACUACGGAGUACGAAAAGAGUGGCCUUGAGCUCAGAGACCUUGAAGAAGUCAAACUCCUUGAGGGGCGUAUUGAGAUAAUAGCUUAUCAUUCCCGUCCCCGCCGUGUUGGUGGCAAUGAUGCCCCAGUUGCCCUGCCAGUGCGUCUUAGAUGAUGGCACCGGCCCGUUAAAUCAAUCCAUGCCAUAAUCGAAGGAGGGUUCAUCUCUUUUAUACCUACAGUUUAUAUAAGAUGAAAUAAAUAAAUUGAACCCGCCCCCAAAAUAUAUAUCAAUAUAUGUGUGACAGUGUGAGUAUUGUAUCCUCUAGGGUCAUGUCCCUAUGACUUGAAUCAUCUCUAAAUAAAGUUGUUACGUAUUAUAUAUUUA